CGGAAGUCGGAGCGCCUGACGGCAGCGUUCCGCUGGUGGGAAAGUGAAGGAAUGCCUUAAUUGAAGCGGCGAGUUCGGAGGCAGGUCGGCUGUUUGCGGAAGAGAAAGGCUAGCGACGUCUCAGGGUCUGACUCGGAGCCUGGCGAAUCAGUGACUGCGGAGCAGGCAGCGGCAGAGAGGAAAUGGUGCGGGAACGCGCCGAGCAGGAGGCGCAGUCCGUGGCACUAGGUGAAUGAGGCGCUCCGCCCGGGCCGGCCCGGGGUCCGUGAGCUGCGGGUCCCAGCAUGAGUGCGGGCCCCGGCUGUGAGCCCUGCACCAAACGACCCCGUUGGGGCACCACUGCAGCUGCGCCGGCGGCCUCGGACUCCCGGAGCUUCCCCGGCAGGCAGAGGUGCGUCCUCGACCCCAAGGACGCUCCGGUGCAGGUCAGAGUCCCGCCGUCCUCGCCAGGCUUCGUUCCGGGGCGGGCGGGGCCGCACCGAGGCUGCGCCACUUCUCUUGUUUUCAAGCAAAAGACUAUUACCAGUUGGAUGGAUACUAAGGAAAUCAAGACAGCUAAAUCAGAAAGUUUGCAUAGUAAAGAAAACAAUAAUACAAGAAUAGAAUCCAUGAUGAGUUCUGUACAGAAAGAUAACUUUUACCAACAUAACGUGGAAAAAUUAGAAAGUGUUUCUCAACUAAGUCUUGAUAAAUCACCUGUUGAUAAAAGGACACAAUAUUUGAACCAGCAUCAGACUACAGUGAUGUGUAAGUGGCAGAAAGAAGGGAAAAAUACAGAACAGCUUUUGGAAAGUGAGCCUGCAGCAGUGACUCUGGUGCCGGCGCAGUUCAGUAAUGCUAACGUUGAGCAGUCCCCUCACACUGAUGGCCACAGUGAUACAGACAGUGAAGAAAGCAGAGAUAAUCAACAGUUCCUGACACCCCCAAGGCUUGCGAAUGCAAAACAGACAACAGAUGAGCAGGUCAGAGAAGCCAGAAGCCACCCGAAGGGCUGCACAUCCUGUUACCCUGGGAAUGACCGCACAGCUUGUCAACAGGAGGAGACAGACGUGGUACCAGAGAGUCCGUUGUCAGAUGUCGGCUCUGAAGAUGUUGGAACCGAACUGAAAAAUGACAAAUUGAAUAGACAAGAAAGUAGCCUAGGAAAUUCUCCCCUUGAGAAGGAAAGUGAACCCGAGUCACCAAUGGAUGUAGAUAAUUCCAAAAAUAGUUGUCAAGAUUCAGAAGCAGAUGAAGAGACGAGUCCAGGUUUUGACGAACAAGAAGAUGGUAAUUCCUCCCAAGUAGCCAGCAAACCUUCGAAGUUGCAAACAAAAGAAGCUAACAGUGAACUUAAAAAACCACACUCUGCUAAAGGAGGCGAAAUUAAAUUACACUUUCAAUUUGAAGGAGGGGAGAGUGGCACUGGGGUGAGUGACCUAAGUGCCAGACCCUCUGGAAACACUUCUGCGCUUCAUGUAGAAUGCCGGAAUUCCAAGCAGCAUGGGAAGAGGGACUCCAAGAUCACUGACCACUUCAUGAGAAUGCCUAAAGCAGAGGAAAGAAGAAAAGAACAAGGUGAAAACAGACAUCAAAGAACAGAAAGGAAGAUGCCUAAAUACGUUCCACCUCACCUUUCUUCAGAUAAGAAGUGGCUGGGAACUCCUCUUGAGGAGCUGCGGAGGGUGCCUCCGUGUGGGAGCCAGCUGCCUCUCUUGAGACCGUCGGCCAGUCACACAGUGACUGUUCGGGUAGAUCUUUUGCGAGCAGGAGAAGUUCCUAAGCCUUUUCCUACACAUUACAAAGAUCUGUGGGAUAACAAACAUGUCAAAAUGCCUUGUUCCGAACAAAACUUAUACCCCGUGGAAGACGAGAAUGGUGAGCGAACUGCAGGGAGCCGGUGGGAGCUUAUUCAGACUGCACUUCUCAACAGAUUCACUGGACCCCACAACCUGAAGGAUGCUAUUCUGAAAUACAAUGUGGCGUAUUCUAAGAAGUGGGACUUUACAGCUUUGGUUGACUUCUGUGAUAAGGUACUGGAGGAGGCGGAAGCCCAGCAUCUGUAUCAGUCCAUUCUGCCCGACAUGGUGAAGGCCGCGCUCUGCCUGCCGAGUGUUUGCACCCAGCCAAUACCACUCCUGAAGCAGAAGAUGAAUCAUUCCAUCACAAUGUCACAGGAGCAGAUUGCCAGUCUCCUGGCUAAUGCGUUCUUCUGCACGUUUCCCCGGCGGAACGCUAAGAUGAAGUCAGAGUAUUCCAGUUACCCUGACAUUAACUUCAAUCGAUUGUUUGAAGGACGCUCAUCAAGGAAACCAGAAAAGCUUAAAACACUCUUCUGCUACUUUCGAAGAGUCACAGAGAAAAAACCGACUGGGUUGGUGACAUUUACAAGGCAGAGUCUUGAAGAUUUUCCAGAAUGGGAAAGGUGUGGAAAACCCCUGACGCGGCUGCAUGUCACUUACGAAGGCACCAUAGAGAGCAGUGGCCGCGGCAUGCUGCAGGUGGAUUUUGCAAACCGUUUUGUUGGAGGUGGUGUAACCAGUGCAGGACUUGUACAAGAAGAAAUCCGCUUUUUAAUCAACCCUGAGUUGAUUGUUGCACGGCUAUUCACUGAGGUGCUGGAUCACAAUGAAUGUCUUAUUAUCACAGGGACGGAGCAGUACAGCGAGUACACUGGCUAUGCUGAGACGUACCGCUGGGCCCGCAGCCACGAGGAUGACAGCGAAAGGGAUGGCUGGCAGCGCCGCUGCACCGAGAUCGUCGCCAUUGACGCCCUUCACUUCAGACGCUGCCUCGAUCAGUUUGUGCCUGAGAAGAUGAGACGCGAGCUUAACAAGGCUUACUGUGGAUUCCUCCGCCCUGGCGUUCCUUCAGAGAGCCUCUCUGCGGUGGCCACGGGAAACUGGGGCUGCGGUGCCUUCGGGGGUGACGCUAGAUUAAAAGCCUUAAUCCAGAUCCUGGCAGCCGCUGCCGCUGAGCGAGACGUGGCCUAUUUCACCUUUGGGGACUCGGAAUUGAUGCGAGACAUUUACAGCAUGCACACUUUCCUCACUGAGAGGAAGCUGACUGUCGGAGAAGUAUAUAAGCUCUUGCUCCGAUACUACAAUGAGGAAUGUAGAAACUGUCCCACCCCAGUGCCGGACGUGAAGCUUUACCCCUUCAUAUACCACACCGUGGAGUCGUGUGCAGAGGCUGCCGAGCAGCCAGGACAGAGGACAGGAGCCUGAGGACUGAGGGACCGAGCUCCUCCCAUUGCUGCGAGGCAGUUUAAACAGUCGGCUGGACGUGUGGACUGACUGAGUGAACAUAAAUGUGAAUGUAAUCCAUAUUUGUAGUCAAGAGAUGCGAUCCCGUUACACAUAUGCAAUGUCAGUUUGGACGUCUGGGCCCCUCCAUCCUGACUUACAUAGAGUUAAUUAUGUUUUCUUCUCAUUCUCUUUUCUUCUGUUUUUUGAGUUUUGGGGGUUUUUCUUUGGGGGGUAAUUGUCCUUUUUUGUGAAACCCCGUAAAAGGUGCUCAGCUACCAGGUCUUUCUUCUUGUCUGAAUAUUAAUACAGAUUGCUUCUGCAGUUAGCAAACACCAGUGAACCCAGGAAGAAGCUGAAAUCCAAGAGUGUUUGUCAUGGGGUUUGCAGCAAGUCCCCCUGUGAGCUUCACACCUCCUCUUGUUUAGGCUCCAUGUUGUUUGGAUUUUUGAAUUUCAAAAACUAAGAAUUAGGCCAGGUGUGGUUGUGCACCCUGUCAUCCCAGCACUCAGGAGGCAGAGGCAGGAGGAUCACUGUGAGUCAGAGGCCAGCCUGGGCCACAGAGUGAGUUGUUGUCUAGUCUGAAUUGCAUAGUGAAACCUGUCUCAAAAAGACGACAACAGCAACAACAACAGCAAAAACUAAAACUUAGGAUUUUUUUCACACAUGUUACAUAAUGCAAAUAUCCUAAGUUAAAAUAGUUUUUUAUUUAUUUGAGACCGAUUGAUUUCUCAAAGUUACCUUGGGACACCAACAUUAUGUGUAAUGGUUUAUCUUGUGUCCUCUGAUGGAUUUUAUUGGCACUGGGGACUUAGCUCAGUGGCACAGUGCCCACCUGGCAAGUGCCAGGUCCAGAGUUUGAUUCCCAGUACCAAAACAAAAAAUUAUUGGCAUUGUUUUUGGAAAUUGACCAAGGUGAAAGGGAAUAUAGAACAAAACAGUUCUGCUCACAUAAAGAAAAGACGGCAGGAGAAUUAAAGAAUUGUCCUUGUUUCUUAAGACAUUUCUUUUUAUACUCGGAUCAAUUUCUGUGACGCUUGACGUAUGUUCAUAUAACCAAAGUUCAGGAAUUGGGAACUUCCUGCAGGUUUGUGCAUAUUGAAGUUUCUCUGGUAUCCAAAGGUUAUACAGCCAAUAAAUACUCACUGAAAAUUUGCAGAAGCUCCCAUGUCACCCGUACCUUACAUAUGUGUGUAAGCAGCAUUUGCUCUUUAGGGAUGUCUGGGCAGGAGCUCAUAAGGUAAAUAAAACUGGAGUUGGGGGAAGUGAAUAGGGUUGGACUUUAUCAGGGCUCUUUCAAAUCUGUUUUUCACACUUAUGUUCACUUAAAACUGGAACAAAUGUAAGUAAUAUCUCUGGAAGAUGAAACUGAACAUCAAAGCCGACCAUCAAAGCACUGACUUAGAUUCCCCGAGCCACACUGUUGAAAUUCAUGUGCCCUGUCUGCUGCCCCGAGAAGCCGUGGAGGUCAGAUCCUGCAGCAGCAGCACCAGCAGGAAGAAAGCAGGUCAAUGACCCUUGGUGUCUGGGUGGGGAUUGAGAAGGUGAUAGGGUUUGCCCUGGAAGGCAGCCUUGUCAGGAACACAGCUCUUACCCUACCCGCUUCUGGAAUCUGGCUUCUUUCUGCUGAUGCCAACAUCUCUUUCCUGACUAUGUUCAUUUCCUAGUUUCCCCAUCCCUGCACUCUCCUCUGCCAGCCAGUCCCGGGACUGGGUCAGCAGCGUUUCCUGUGCGGGGUCUGCUGGUUCCUGUGGUGAAACAUAGAUCCAGGCCGGAUACCACCCAGUGCCCUGCUCCUGGGCCGGAAGCUGAGCCCUGGCUCCCGGUGCUGUGUUAUCUCCCGGCUGCCUCCUGCUGUAGGGACGCACUGCUCUUUGUGUGCGGGCACUGGGUAGCUUCCUGAGAAGGAGCAUGAAGAGUGUUCCUGUCCAGUCCUGGAGCAGGGAGGGUAGUGGAGAGAAUGCAGUUAGUUUCUCCUGACAGCUCUCUGCAAAAUAACAACAGCGGUUAGUUAGAAUUCCUAGCUGGUGUGAGAUACUUAGCAGCGCCUUUUUGUUCUCUUCCAAGUAGGGCUUAUUAUUUUAUUUCAGAUUGUAUGCUUCUUGCUUCUUUAGUGUAUCAAAAUUGGAAAUCUUAGUUUUUUUUGCCCUUUAAUCUAUCAAGUAUAGAAACGUAGAUUUUUUUUUGUUGCUCUGCUUUCAUUUUGUGUUUGUGAUACUGAGGAUUGAGCCCAGGGCCUCAGCAACUACUGGAUAAGCACUCUGCACCUGAGCAGUGCCCCAGACUUUUUCAUUUUGACACAAGAUCUCACAGGGUUUCCUGUGCUGACAUCCAACUUGCAAUCCUCCUGUCUCAUCCUCCCAAGUAGGUAGAAUUGCAGGUAGGGCCACCACGCCCAGCUGCCGAGCUUGGCUUUUUAAUGAAACUUACUUUCGGUUUCUGUCCACCUCCCUCUGUAUACAGUAGCAAAGGAAGAGCAAUGUUCAGGAAUGCGAAGAACAGGUUUCUACACCAGGCAGGUUGGAUCCAAGUACAGCACAUCCCUGAUGAACAUUUUCCCCUUCUCUAAAGAAAGUGAAUCUUUGACUUAAGCAGCUGAAGAACAGACUGACAGCACCUACUAGGAAAUAAAAUGUAAAACAACAAACAGCCUGGCGUACAGUUGGUGUUCAAAAAGUGUCAAAAAUAUCACUGACCCAAGAGCGUGUAUGGAACAUCUACUGUGUAUUAGCUAUCAUGCUGUUUGCUCUGCAUUUUUUGUGUGUUUGUUUUGUUUUAAUGGUAGCAAAGCUUUAUUAAAGGUAGGAAAAGAAACAGGCUCUUUAGGGUGAGUUUGGGCUAAGUAAAAGAAGGGGAAAGUAUCAUAUAUCCUGCAAUGAUGGGGCAGGCUGUUGCAGGUGUUUUGGCCCAUCUUUCCAGCAAGCUGCAGGCCCAGAGAAUUUCUGGGACAGAAAGCCAGCUCAGCUUCCAGGAUUUCAUUACCAAAGUAUCUGGCAUCAGUGGAGUCAGUAGAACAAAGUCCCCUAGUUCUUCCCCAAGUUCCUGGUACCGGUUACCUGAAAUACGCAGGGCGAGGCUUUUGGACUUGGGAUUUUAAAAUAUUUUUUUGCCUGUAUACAGUGAGGUGCCCUGGGAGUGUGACCCCAGCCUGAGCAGGAGGUUCACUGAUGUGUAUGUGUUCUGUUCACAUAGCCAAAGGUAACUGCACGGUGUUUUUAGUGCGCUUGCAUUCUAACAGGACUUGUCACCUGAGGUCAUACGUGAGGUUUCCUACUUAGGACAUUCAGUGCUUGGAAAGUUUCAGGAUUCGGGGAAUGUGGGGUUUGGGGGUUUUCAGAUGAUGGGUGUUUGUGUACUAAUUCUUCAUUUGGAGUAGUCAGCACGGGCUGUCUAGUCGUCCCUGAGAAAGUUGCCUCUUCUCACGGGCUGCUGUGACGUUUGGGGCAGGCAGGGCCAGCUGGACUGGAAAGGGAGCCGUCAGCAGCUCUGCGGGGUGCUUCUCUCCAGCACCGCUGCUCUGGAAACCAAGUUUCAGCUAAGUGGUUCUGCUCCGGACGGACUGGAGCGAGGGAGCGCUGGUUCACUGUCUCCAAGGCGUCUUCACCGGGUAGCAGCAGCUGCAUCGUUCUCCCACCCAGUCUCCUCCAGCCGAGCGGCUGCGUGUUCCGUGCUUUUUUCUGGUGGAAGGAAGACUUGGAUCUCGCACAUCUACUUAAAGAGCAGUGAAGAAUGAGAGGCCUGUGCGCAGGUGACUCCUUCCUCUGCAAGGAAGGAAAGUUCGGCGUCGCAGGAGCAGCUCAGUGUCUUACUCCUUGCCGUGUGGAGAGGAGGCCGCCCGGUGUGGUGCGUCCUGGCUAAGCUGCCAAGACCGCCGUCCUCGGUCACCACGUCCUGCUCCCCGGUGCCACGCGGAUCUGUGAGCCUUCGUGUGGAAGGCUUCCCGAACAGACAACAAAACCAUGUACGUUUACCUGGAAAAGCAUUUUAUUUCUCCUGUUUAUUUUAAAUGUAAAGCUAAUGUGUCGUGAUGAGUCUGGAAUUGGGGAUGAGGAGAGGUUGUGCUGAUGUUUACGUGACUUUUGUAAGAAGACAAUAAAGAAGUUCUGAUCCCCUUGGA